AUGAAAUUCGUAUCCGCUGUUGAACGCGCUGUGCUAUUGAUAUAUUUAACUUUCCUGUUGUGUGGAAUUGUCGCCGAAAGCAGCAAGAGCAGCGGUAGCAGUGGCAGCGGCAGCGGCAGCCACAUCGUACAUAAACACAGACCCAAACGGUAUGACGAGGACGGCCCAGCAGAACAGGUUUACUAUGUUGACCAAAUAGCAUCUGAUUCUGAGAUAUCGCCCUGGACAUCGAAUCGUAUCAUCGCCAAAACUACUGAAAAUGGUAAACAAUCCCAGUAUAUUAUCAACGUCUCUCCGGAUGAUGAGGUCAUCAUCCACGACAGGGGCGCAAGCGAUCGGAACUCGGACCAAGAACCGGACCAAGAUCAAUCGCCACAGGACUUUGUCCAGCAGGCACUACGACUGCGAGACCAAUACAAGAAAGGACCGAAAGCGAAAGCUUCAACUACGCCUCCAGCCAGCUCCUUCGUUGAGUACACCACAAUUAAAUACGAUCACUUUGGGCCCAGCAAGAAGCCCCCGCAGGCUCACCAUAGCAAACCUGUUCCACCAAAGAUUCCUCCGCCGCAAUCACUGCUAGCGCAUCAACUUCCAAAUAACUAUCGCCCAAAGCACAUUAAGCCGAAACCUACUAAGCCUCCGGGGAACACAAUAACGCCUUUCAGUGACUUAGAGUUGCCAGAAGCCGAACCUACUAGUCCCUACCGAAAGGAACUGGCCAAAGAUUUGCCCAAGUCACCAAAACAUACACCAGUCAAGCAACAGGAUACUGCUGCAUCGACACUUUUCAUACAAAAAGUUAAACCUAUCGAACCUGUCUUCAGCAGUUACAACACACAUCAUGACACAGGAAGCAGUUUCAAGGAAUUUCAGCACCUUCCUACGAACGAUGCUCAAGGAUCCAGUUCCAUGAUGAAUGUUCAUAAGAUAAAAGCUCCCGCAGAUAUUUACAGUAGACAUAAAUCCCAAUCUCAACAUCAUGAAGAUUUCGACAAUUAUUUCGAAAAGAAGCAUCGGAAACAUAUUCCUUCUGAAGAUAUCCACUACAAACCGAAACAUAUUAAAAGUCACGAUCACUCUUUAAAACUUGAACACCCAACGGAAAAUUAUCCAGAAAAAAUUCGACACACAAUUGAGCGCUAUCCACUUAAGUACUACAAAGAAUCGUCAACAGCUGACCCUUUCGAAAAAUAUUACAACACGAAACCUUACGAAUCGAUGAAAUCACAAACAAAAUACGAACCUGAAGUAGCCCCUUCAGUAGAAUCUUAUCGCUAUCAGCCUCCAAAGAGUUAUCCUCCAGAGGAAGCCGCUAAAUUUAAAUUUUCAAAAGAGAUCUCGACCACUGCCGAACCGUAUAAACCCUACCAUCAUGUCAAAACAUAUUUAGACGAAAAUCCGAGAAAUCAAAAACCAAUCACUAAGGAACCCACUCAUCAUGAAGAAAAUUUCUAUGUGAAAUCGAAACCUCAUCACGAGGUGUACGCAAAACCAGAACCGCAUAGGCCAAACUAUCCGGAACAUUUUCUUGAAUCACAUCACCAAGAAAUUACGAAAAUAGGACCAACUUCUCGUCCGCAAAAAUACUUCGAAGAUCCAUCACCAUCACCAAGCUAUGCAAAAGUUACAACGUACCCCACCCAGGAAGCGUCCAGUUCGCAGAAUGCUUAUCACCGAUCGAAGGCUCCAGUUAGUGAUCCGUACAAGAUCAAACCUAGUCCCACGCCGGAAAUUUCAAUCGUCAGUCACGGUUUCCAGAAGCCAUCCUCGUCCAACUUUCCCAAAUACAUUCCAACAAAAAUGCCAGAGGUUGAAGAAACCGGUCUAACUUAUAAGAAAAUAUUUGCCACCUCAGAGCCCGUAUCAAACUACAUCCCAUCAUCCACGCAACAAACCUUCAGUCCCGCUCAGGAAUAUCCCAAAGUAUUUUCGCUGGCUCCGACUACAUACUCCCCGAAGUAUCCCAGCUCACCCACUCCUGACAGUUUUGAUUUCACGCACAUGAGCGAAGCACCAAAAUCGUUCUCAAAGUACAGUGACCCUACGCCGUCGACAAAAGUGUACGGCACUAUCAACCCGUCGGAACAAACGUUCAAAACUCUCACUACCAAAAUCAUAAUGAAACCUACGCCCACCGAACUGUCCCUCAUGGAAAUGAAUUCUCAAUCCCUUCAAAACCGUACGACCAGCGUGGAGUUUAAGCCGUCCCCAUCGGAAGAACCCAAAACCGAGUACUACACCAAUCCAGCGGUUACAACCUACUACGUAUUUGCCAACGGCACCGAGAUCAACCUCGGAAACGAUCCAUCCAAGAUUCCGCCGGAAUACCGAGUCACCCCGGGAGAAGCGUCCUACUUCAGCUCAAACUAUUCCACCCAACUGGCUGAAGAUUUCGCAAUGAAGUACAACUGGGACACGGUUCCAGCGUCCACUCGUGAUGGUGAAUUUUUCAUCAGCCCAGAGACGGCCUUGAAGGAAGGGAAACUACGUGACGCCGCUGAACGAAUACUGCGUGAAAAGAAAAAAGGAAAACCUCCAGUGUUUUCCAAACCCCUAAAGCCAAUCAAAACCGUUACAAUCUUCAGAAACACUCAUCGAUCAGGAGAUGAUAGCGAUAAUAUGGAGAGUGGUUUCGAACCUUCCAUUCACUUUGGAAAGCAAGACGCAGUACCGCAAAUCAGCGAUAAACGGGGUGAGGUUACGGAUGAUGAUGAAGAUUUUUUCUUUGCUAACGGUGAAGUUAUACUUGAGGAUGAUCCAAGCAAGGCUUCCAAAAAGAAUGCGUUUUAUCUGCCUCCUGGAUUGCAACAGACAGGUCAAGGCAUGGUAUUAAAAUUAGCGCCUCAACAGCAACCACAGCAGCCACAACAACUACAAGAACAGCAAGUUGCCGAUAUGGACAUGAGUGGCGAACCUUCCAAGAAACAAUACUUCGUACUUUACCACAUUGAGGACAAUAAAAAGAAGCCUCAAAAGCCUACCACUACAACUCCGCCACCUCCAACACCAACACCACUGAAGCAAGAAAUUCACUACCACUAUUCGGAGAAAGAAACUGAAGAACCCGAAGUGACUCACGAGCACUACAACUACCAUCACGAGGAAACGGUUGAAGAUCUCGAUGAUGAUGUUCAGCAUCAUUACAUAAAUCCAAAUAUUGGAAAUCUCAACUUUCGUCCAAAUAUUGCACAUCCGUCCUACAAGUUUAAAGACAGUUCCGCUUUGGGAAGCGAUACUUCCGUCCGAAUUGUUGAUCCCGUUACAAAACAUGGUCGACCAGUGGAGAUUACCAAACAAGAAUAUGUUCGACACGUUCAAAACGCGGUUUUGAAAUACAUGAAGCAGCUACAAGAUGAAGGUCGGUUGCCAGCUAUUUUAGCCCGUGAGCAUGAAUCGGACGAAACACAGAAGACUUUUGAUGAGCUGGAUAUUUCAGCGUUGCUAAGCGAGAGCAAUCCCAAGCACAAAUUCCAAUUAAAUACACCAAUCAAAGUUAAUCUUCCAACAACACCUAGUCACUAUAAACCGAUGAAAACUGUACCAAGUUCAAGUACAUACAAACCGGUUACGAACAUUAAGUUCCCUAAACAAACCUAUCCCGCUGGUAAACCCCUAAAACUGGCAAUUGAAAGCUUGCAAGAACAGUUGGGGAACAGCGUUGAUCUGACGGUAAAGGGAACGAAAGGACAGGUGAAACCCGAUUUAUCCGCCAUCGAUGUCGGACAAUCGUAUCUGCAUGGACCACACUACGAUCCACCAACACCGACGAAAACGACUCCCAGUAAUUUCCAAAACCCAUCCGUCGUACACAUACCAGCCCAGAAGACGAAACUGCACUUCAAUCAGCAAACCUACCACGACAUCAACUCACUGACGAACGUGAAAGAAACCCAAAGCCUGAAACCCGCCGCUGCAUACUCCUCCAUCAAGGGCGGCUCGGCUAACGUUGGAGCUUCGAUCAGCUUCGGCGGUACCAAGAGUCCACCGCAGCACUCCGAUGACCACAAGCUGGGACCGGAAGCGCUCGAUGCGCCGAUCCAGAUCAUCAACGGUAUUCCCAUCACCAAUCCCUACAACAUCGACAUCAACACGUUGAGAUACAUGCUGGGUGGCUUAGCUCAAGCGCAGGUCGAACAACAACAGCUGAGUUCGAAACAUCCGGAACCUACCCUCAAGCUGAAAGGUUCCAACUGGAUGUCCCUACCGACGGUUGCAAGUCCUGCGCAAAUCUUCUCUUCUAACAUGCCGACUUUCCACCAUUCGCCCUCGGAGGCAAAUAACUACAAGUACAACGCAAACUUUGACAGCAGUAAUUUCAAAAUCAAAAUCCCAAAAACAAUCAAAGACUUCAAGAUGAAACCUACGGGUGGCAGUGAUACUUUCGGUUCGACAUCGAUGAACUACGCUUCUUGGGGGGAACCGCUCCGUCAAAAUCGACAAGUUUUACCUCAACAACAACAACAAACACAGCAGCAGCAACAGCAGCACCAGCAACAGCAACAACAUCACCAUCCUCACUUGCAGCAACAUUCGCAGCACCACCAACAACAACACCAAUUGCAACAACAGCAACAGCAGCUGCAGCAGCAGCAGCAGCAGCAACAACAGCAUCGACCGAAUCGUGAGUUCAAUCCAGAACUAUUUCUCAAUCCCCACGGUAAGUUUGUCGGUCCCAUCAUGAACAAAAAGAACGGACCACUCGAUCGCAAGAGCACAACCAAACCAGUGCCAGUAGCCAAGGUGAAAGUGACCAAAUUGGACACCAAUCUACGACCGCCGCCACCCCGGUAA